GGCAGUGACCGCGAAGAAUCCGUACGACACGCCCCUCAAGACACACAGUCAAAAUGCCCGGAAAAGUCAAGGCCUACGAGCUCCAAUCCAAGUCGAAAAAUGACUUGUCCAAGCAACUCGUUGAUUUGAAGCACGAACUUUUGACUCUGCGGGUACAAAAGAUUGCUGGUGGAUCUGCCUCGAAGCUCACCAAGAUCAAUGUUGUCCGUAAAUCAAUCGCACGGGUUAUGACCGUUAUGAACCAAAAAGCUCGCCAAAAUCUGCGAGAGUUCUACAAGGGCAAGAAGCACUUGCCUCUUGAUCUCCGGCCGAAGAAGACUCGGGCUAUCAGACGGCAGUUGACAAAGCGCGAAGCAUCGCUGAAGACUCUCAAACAGCGCAAGAAGGAUAUCCACUUCCCCAUCCGAAAAUACGCUGUGAAGGCAUGAGGUCGCUAGUGUCGGUGUUGACCAGGGACGAGAGGGAUUAUUAUGCUCGAGAUUUUCUUUUUUUGUUACACUCAUAUUUUGUAUGCCCAUACGCCUUGAUCAACCUGACAUGCAAGUUUAUGCCUUUACUAUCCCC